AUGAGGAAGGGGUACCCAGCGAGGCUUUUCAACCACUCGUGCAAUCCUAACGUCUACCUCUACACGGGGUGCAAAGUACAAGUGGGAGACGACCCCGUCUACCUGGAUGCCCUGCUAAAGGGGUACCCAGCUCGGUUCCUGGACCAUUCGUGUUCACCCAACGUUUACCUCUGCACGGUCAUCGCCGAGUUCCACGGAGAGGGCACCAAACCUGCUGAGGCCCAGGAGCGGAUCGCAGCGUGCCGCGACACUACGCGAGAGCUAGAGCGAGAGAUGCAGUAG